CAAAGACCAUAAGGAGCGUGUUAUUAAAUGGUACAAAGUCCAUAAGGAGCGUGUUAUUAAAUGGUACAAAAUCUUAUUUGUAUCAUCGCGGGCGAUCGCACUAGCACUGGAUCCCUUGUUCUUUUUUGUUCCUGUGAUCCAUGAAGACAAGAAGUGCAUUAGUGAAGACAAAAAAAUGUGGAUCAAUGCUAUUUUUUGGCGAUCGUUCCUAGAUUUCAAAUACCUAGUGCAUUUUGUUGUGAAAUUUUAUAUUGAGAAGAACGAAGUUGAGCUUUCGCUCAAGACUCCAGGCGCAGAUGAGUCAAAAGGUCAAAGGUGCAAGUUUUGGAACUUCAGCCAAGAAGAAAAAGAGUUGUGGAAGUUGAGGAUGUGGUUCAUGUUCGAUAUUAUAGUUAUUUUUCCCUUUCCACAGGUGUUAAUGUCAAACAUACUUUCAGAAAUGAGACGCGCGGAAUAUACAAAUUAUGUAACAAUCUUGAACGCUGUUAUUCUUAUCCAAUAUGUGCCAAGAGUUCUUCAAAUAUACCUAUCCUUGAAGAAACUGGAUGAACAUAAAAAUAUUCCCAUACCGAUCAGAGCUUCAUUCAAUUUCUUUCUAUACGUCCUUGCUGGUUAUGUAUUUGGAGCCUUUUGGUAUUUUUUCUCAACUCAACGACUGACAUAUUGUUGGCGUAAAGCGUGUUUACAUCAUGGUGAAUGCGUCAAAGGUUCUUUUAACUGUGACCACAAUUUUGGAAAUCUCUCUGUUUCACACGAUUUCUGCUCUAUUGAUUCAACAAAUACAAGAACCUUUGAUUUUGGAAUAUUCCUCGAAGCCCGUCGGUCCGGGAUCUUAGAGCCCACAGAUUUUCCAAAAAAAUUAAUUUACACUGCCUGGUGGGGCUUGCGAAAUUUAAGGGAUCAAAAUCCAGAGUUUUCUGGUAAAGUUCGCAGGGUCCAGACACAGUUUAAAGUUUGAUUCUUCAUUUUGGACAUUGAAUCAUCGGUAAGCAUUAGUUAAGAGUCAUCAGAAUAUCCAGAUUCUCAAAAAAGCAAUUAUGAGUUAUCUUUGCAAUCGGCAAGGGAAUAGUGCAAGGAAGGGCGACAUUGAGGGGCAGGGGCAAGUUCUUAAGAAUGGUGGAGGUGAUUCAGUGAAAGAAAAAAAGACUUUGAAGGCAUAUAUUCUUGAUAUUCUUGACCCGAGGGAGAAAUUCCUUAAAAGAUGGAGGGUAGGAUUUGUAUUGUCGUGUAUGAUUGCAGUAGCAAUGGAUCCAUUGUUCUUUUACCUUCCUGUGAUCAAUCAAAAGAAGAAGUGCGUUGGGUUUGACGGUAGAUUGUGGAAAACAACUCUCGUUUUGCGAUCUUUCUUCGAUAUCAUUCACCUACUGCAUAUUAUAUUGCAAUUUCGCACUGGUUUUAUUGACGAGGAACUUCGGAAACUGGCAAAACUUGAGUUAAAUACAGAUGCUUGGAAAAUAGCUCGGAAAUAUUUGUGGCCUCGGUUCAUACUCGACAUUCUAACUAUUCUUCCCAUCCCACAGGUGGUAGUUCGAAUUAUUAUUUCAGAAAUGAAAGGCACAGAAUCUACACAUAAAGUAAAAUUCCUGAACGCUGUUGUUCUCUUCCAAUAUGUGCCAAGAGUUUAUCAAAUCUACCUAUCUUGGAGGAAACUAAUAACAAAUGACAAGAAAUUUGAUAGAAUCUUACGGGUCAAAGCUCCACUGAAUUUCAUUCUAUACAUCCUUGCUGGACAUGUAUUGGGAGCGUUUUGGUAUUUUUUCUCUAUUCAACGACUAGCAGCUUGCUGGCAGCGGAAGGGAGCGUGUGAUCAAAAUCGUACUGGAUGUUAUGGAACUUCUUUUUAUUGUGAUCGCAGUUCUGGAGAUCUCUCUUUUAUAAAUGAUAUUUGCCGAAAAUAUGUCCUAAAUACAACGUCGGCCUUUGACUUUGGAAUAUUUCUUCCAGCCCUUCAGUCUGGUGUCUUAGAAUCGCCAGAUUUUCCACAAAAAUUAUUUUUCAGUUUCUGGUGGGGCAUGCGAAAUCUGAGUUCUCUUGGUGGAAACCUCCAAACAAGUAACUAUAUAUGGGAAAACUGCUUUGCACUUUCUAUUUCUAUCUUUGGCUUGAUUCUAUUUCUAUAUUUCUUGGGAAAUUUGCAGAUGUACAUGCAGUGGACAACAUCAAAAUCCAAAAAAAAAAGGGAUAAGAUACGCAUGAAGAUGAGGUCAAGUCAACGACAAAAACAACAUAAGGGCAUGAUAUCGUGGAUUUCCCAAAAGAAAUUUGAUAGUACAGAAAAAAGCCUGAUUAUGGAAAACAUAAAUCAGAGAUAUGAAGAAGGCAAAGACGUUAAUGUGGAGAACCUGGUCCCCGAUCUUCCAACGGAUCUUCAAACGAAAGUUAAGCGCCAUAUCUGCUUACAGAUACUAAAGAAUAUGUACAUGCAGUGGACAACAUCAAAAUCCAUAAAAGAAUGGGAUGAGCUACGCAUGAAGAUGAAGUCAAGUCAACGACAAAAACAACAUAAGAGCAUGAUAAAAUGGAUUACUAAAAAGGACUUUGAUAGUACAACAGAAAGCAAGAUUAUGGACUACAUAAAUAAGAGAUAUGAAGAAGGCGAAGACGUUAAUGUGGAGAACCUGAUCCCUGAUCUUCCAUUGGAACUUCAAAAGGAAGUUAAGCGCCAUAUCUGCUUAAAUCUACUAAAGAAUCUCAAAAUCAUAAAAGAUAAUGGCUUGGAUAAGCGUACACAACUUUUGCAUAAGAUUUGCGACUCUCUCCAGCCAAAGUUCUACAAUGACCAUUGCUACAUUGUCAAGGAGGGAGACCCUAAUGAUGCAGUAUUCUUGAUUACAAAAGGCAUUGUAUGGACUUAUACAAGCAAUAAUGGUGAAGGAUCUGACUCUCGACAUGUUGAGCGUCUUGAAAAAGGUCAGUACUUUGGAGGAAAACUUCUUGAAUGGGUUUUGAAACCUACCGACGACGACAUGCGCAACCUAUCCAUACUUCCUGUUUCUUCAAAAACCCUCAAAACCCACAAAAAAGUGGAAGCCUUCGCUCUAAUGGCCCACGACUUCAAAAAAAUAUUGGAGUCUAAGUUCUCACUAUUAGGACACGAAAAAUUGCAAUCCAAGGCUGCAAUUCGUGUACAACGAAUUUGGCGCCAGCGUCGCCCAAAGACAGAUGAUGAUGUUGUUCAAGACAGGGCAGCUUCUCUUUGAAGAGCAGAGGAUCAGAGAUGAUUUUGAUGAAGACAAUGGAAACGGUGUCGUGUUGAAUCCCAUUUGUCAGGUGCACCGUAUCACUUAAAAUCCUGUGUACGUAAUCAAGAGAAAGACGCUGUGUUUCAUUUAUUCAGUUAUUUAGCUUUUGAUUUCUGUUUUUCGCACGUGUAAUAGGUGGUUAAGCUGUUAAGCCUGUUGUAACAGAAUCUCCACCUUUUUAGCUUAGCUUUCUCUCUCCUCUGUGAUUAUAUAAACAGAGUUGGACUCAAUGAUUUAAUUAGCUAGCCAUUUUAUGCAAUAAUAGAAAUCUUUCUAUUUAGAAUUGUUCACUAUUGCAGUCUGUUGCUGCAAUCAAUCAAGGUGUUGAUGCUUCAAGAAAACGUCAGAAUCAAGCAGUGCCGACACUGUUGCUGUAAAUCAAUAGUUGGUUUUGAUGUCUAAUUACAUGUAUUAAGUUAGUUUUGAUGGAUCGGUUAGUUUUUUCUAGUCAUACAGCUGCUACUUUGUUUGGAU